UUACCACUUUUCACAGGAGUUUAACUGGACUUUUAAUGUGUUUGAUCUCAACUCGGUAAGGAUACGACAGCUCACCAUAGCAGGGAAGCUUCAACAUCUGGACCAUGUUCUCCUCUGUAGUCCCGUACAAAAACCAGCACUACGCUGACCUGAAGAGGGAAUGUAUCAAGGACAAGACCAUGUUUGAGGAUCCAGAGUUUCCAGCCAUCAAUGCAUCGCUGUACUAUAGUAAACCAUUGCCUAGUACUGUGCAGUGGAAACGACCAGGGGAGAUGUCCAAUGAGCCCCAUCUGUUUGUGGAGGGGAUCAGCUCCCAUGACCUGAACCAGGGAAGCGUGGGUAACUGUUGGUUUGUUGCUGCCUGCUCUUGUUUGGCUUUGAAGCCAAACCUCUGGAAGAAGGUUAUUCCUGACUGGAAGGAGCAGGAGUGGGAUCCCAAACACCCGGAAAACUAUGCGGGAAUUUUCCAUUUUCAGUUCUGGUUGUUUGGGGAGUGGGUGGAUGUGGUGGUGGACGACCGGCUUCCUACAAUCAACGGAGAGCUCAUUUACUGUCACUCAAAAAACAACAACGAAUUUUGGAGUGCUCUGCUGGAGAAGGCCUACGCCAAGCUGUCUGGCUGCUAUCAGUCUCUGGAGGGGGGAAACACUGGCGAUGCUGUGGUGGAUUUCAGUGGAGCUGUGGCAGAAGCCAUCAACCUGGAGGAAGAAGCUUACUAUAAGGACCAGAAGAGACAAGACCAGCUCUUUGAGGAUCUACUAAAGGUCUACGACCGUGAUGGAAUCAUUAGCUGCGCCAUUAAGGCAGAGCCUCAUGAAAUUGAGAACAGAAUGGCAAACGGGCUUGUGAAAGGCCAUGCAUACUCAGUGACGGCAGUGAAGAAAGUGCGCUUGGGCCACGGACUGCUGGCCUACUUCAAGAAUGAAACCAUCCCCCUCAUCCGCAUGAGGAAUCCCUGGGGCAAGACUGAGUGGAAUGGAGCCUGGAGUGACAGCUCCGAGGAGUGGUCAAAGGUCGGUGACACAGAAAGGGGCAAUCUCGGCAUCACAGUGGAGGAUGAUGGGGAGUUCUGGAUGUCGUUCACAGACUGGUGCAAGUUCUUUACAGAUGCAGAUGUUUGCCGUAUCAUUAAUACUUCCCUACUAAGUAUUCAUAAGACAUGGGAUGAGGUUAUGCACUUUGGGAGCUGGACCAAAAAUUCAGAACCUUUUUUAAACCGCUGCGGUGGCUGCGCUAACCACAAGCAGACUUUCCUGCAGAACCCUCAGUACUUGUUUGAUGUCACAAAGGAAGUUGAUGAGGUCCUGAUCUCCUUGCAGCAGAGAGACAUGAAGAUUCACAGACGAAUUGGUCAAGGAGAAAAUUUAUCCAUUGGCUUCAAUGUCUUUAAGGUGGAACUGAAUAGGAAGUAUCGGAUGCAUGACAUCCUGACCCAACAGUGUGAGGUGACGUCCACCUACAUCAAUGCCCGCACAGUGUUUACGAGGAGCAUGCUGCAGCAGGGGCGCUACGUCAUCAUCCCCACCACCUUCAGGCCUGAGACGCUUGGGGAUUUCAUGAUCCGGGUUUUCACUGAUGUGGCCUCAGACUGCAGGGAGUUGACAGAAGAUAAGCCAAAGGUGAAGUGCUGGAGUUCGUUCUUUGGAUAUCCACAAGCUGUGACUCAUAUCUACAUCCAUGGAGCUGAGGGCCUGGAGAACCAGGACAGUACAGGAGGUGCAGACCCCUAUGUCAUCAUAUACUGUGAGGGCCAGUCAGUACAAUCCAGCAUCAAGAAAGACACCUUGGAACCAGAGUUUGCAACCAGCAGUGUUUUCUACAGGAAGAAACCCAGAAAGCCGAUAACUGUGGAGGUGUGGAACAGUAAUGCAGUGAAGGACCAGUUCAUGGGCCAAGUAGUGUUAUCCGGGUCAGUGAAGGACACCACCGACCCUCAGAAGCUGCAGCUGAGGAAACGAGGUCAGCAGAUGGCUGAUGAGAUGCCCGGUAGCAUCAGUCUGAGGAUCCUCACUUCUACUCAGCUGACCGACAUUUGA